AUGUCUGAAACUGAAAGCCCAGACAUCAAGAAUACCCGGGGUGGCGUGCUGCUAUUUCUGUUCUUGUUGUUUGCUGCUAUGUUUGCUCUUGUAAUGAGCAGAAGGCAUUCGGAGUCGUACAAAGUCCCUGAAUUCUCCAUCGGCGGCGCUUACCUUAACCAAUUCAAUUGCACCAAAGUCAACCAUACUAUCUCCUACAACCUCACCCUAAACAUAACCCUCUCAAACCGUAACAAAAUAAUCUACUUUGAGUUGAGUGACAUCCACGUCACUGCACGCUAUCAAAAUAAUAGGUUUGGUCCUGUUACUCUGAUGAAUAGUUCGACGACACCGUUUCUCCAAGGCCCUAAGAACACAACGAUUUUUCAGAAUAUAGUUGUUCAAGGGCACGGUAAGACUCUGUUGUUUGAUCGGCAACCUAUGAAUGCUGACCAAAUUUACAAUAUCGGCGUCGAGAUUGCUUUCCGAGAAAAGGUUGGUAGAAUGUGUGGCGAGGUCAUCUGCAAUCUAAAGCUUCCUUUGAUGAGUUUUAAUGGGACAUCUUGGAAUAGGUACAACACUACAAAGUGCUCGGAAGUUUAA